GCCGAAGACUCCUGCAGAAAGUUUGCGGCAACGAUACGGGCCAGGGCGGAGGCGGCGUCGGAGGCGGUGGUGGUGGUGGUGGAGUAGGAGGUGGCCCCGACAUGCCGUGCACCAGCGCCACGGACAGCGACAUCAAGACGUUGGUGCUGAACAACCUGGACGCCGUCCACACCUCCAAUCAGAACCUGCUGCAGCUGUGGCACCAUAAAAAGAUCAAGCUCGAUCAGUGCUUCCAGCUGAGGCUCUUCGAGCAGGAUUGCGAAAAGAUGUUCGAAUGGAUCUGGCACAAUCGCGACGUAUUCCUACUGAAUUACGUGGAAAUAGGACACACCUAUCAGCUGGCGAAGCAGCUGCAGGAAGAGCACCAACAUUUCACGAUGAGCUCGAUGAACGUGUACGUGAACAUCAAUAGAAUUCUGUCGGUGGCAUCGAGAUUGAUCGAGGGCGGUCAUUAUGCCGGUGCUCACAUCAGAUCAGUUGCCGGACGUUUGGACAGGACGUGGAAGGACUUUGCCGCAGGACUGGACGAACGCAACGCAGUCCUCUCCUUGAGCGUCAUAUUCCAUCACAAAGCGGAACAGUACGUGGACAACGUGUCCGCUUGGAACGGAGCCUGCGAGAACGGAAACAUCCCCACCGAAAUACUGCUUCUUGAAAAUUCGAUACACCAACAUCAGAACCUCUACGAGUCGAUGUGCCAGGCCUACACGGAGGUUCAUAGUACAAGCAAGAAGUUACUUUAUCAAUUAGACCACUUGGUGCAAGUCUGCAAUCAGCCAGGAACUGAACGGAAACAUGGUGACGGUAGUAAUUAUGAGAAUAGGCCGGGCGGUAAUCCGGCGGCGGAUUACAGCGAAGGGGCUAGUCACGUUUUGGCUGUGAUCCACCAAAUACUGAACCAUCAUCGGGCGCUCGAGCAGAAGUGGCAUGCGAAGAAAAUCAAGCUCCAUCAAAGAUUAGCUUUAAGAUUGUUCCAAGAGGAUGUUAAGCAGGUACUCGACUGGUUAUCCAAUCACGGGGAGGUUUUCAUUAGGAAGAACACCGGCAUCGGACGCAACCUCCAGAAGGCCCGGGUCUACCAGAAGAGUCACGAGCAUUUCGAAAACGUAGCUCAG